AUGGAAGCACGCUUAUUCCUUCCUCUUCUCUUCAAAAGGUUCGCUAACCUGAAUACCCUCAACCUCAAACACUUUUUGGAUCACCGCAACCUUGACGAUCUUCUCAACCAACUCUCAAAUUUCCCAUUGAAACUCACAUCACUCAAACUCGACGAAUGCUACUUUCCCACAGAUGGGUUGCAAGCUCUCUCCCAAAAUAUUACAACUUUGACCUCUCUCAGUUGUUACUGUGUUUAUUUUUUCGAGAACAGUCUGACAGACAUUGUUGAUUGUUUCCCUUUGCUCACAAAACUCAUCAUCUAUUUCCCUUUGGUCGCCUAUGACAAUCAGACUAACUUCGUUAAUACAAUUCACCGUCUGCUAUCCAAGUCUCCAUGUAUACAACAUUUGGAACUUUGUCACAUUACUAGUCUAAAUGAUCAACAUGUUGUUGAUUUCUCUUUGUUUCUUGGUAAUUUGGUAUCUAUAAACCUUUGUGGUGGUUAUCUCACAGAAACAACCUUUUUUUCACUCGUUAGAAACUGUCCUUUGCUUACCGAGAUUAAAAUGGAAAACACAUGUAUUGGGAAAGAGACUGUUGGGCAUUCUGGUGUAUACCCUCAGUUAAACUCUCUCUAUUUGGGUACAAAUUACUGGUUAAUAGAUGAAAUAAUCAUAAUGUUUACUUCCAUUUUCCCCAAUUUACAGCUACUUGAUUUGACACGUUGCUCACAAAUAUCUGAAGGUAUUUGUCAAGUUUUAAAGAAAUGUUGUAAGCUUAAACAUUUGAACUUAGCUUUCUGUUCAAAAGUGAAACUACAUGGAAUGAACUUUGCAGUUCCCGAGCUGGAGGUGUUGAACUUGUCAAAUACAAGCGUUGAUGAUGAAACUCUUUCUGUGAUCUCAAAGAAUUGUUGUGGGCUUUUGCAAUUACAACUUGAUAAUUGUAAAAAUGUCACAGAAAAGGGUGUGGAACAUGUGGUAGAAAACUGCACACAAUUGAGAGAGAUUAAUUUGGGGGAUAUUGAUGUAAGUGACGAAAAUAGGGAACUUCUAUUGCGUCGUGGAUGCCGUAUUUGCUAG